GCGGGCGCGCAACCGGUCGCCAAGCUCCCUGGUCCCUUGAACCGAGACAAAAAAGGAGAGAGCGAGUCAGUGUCCACAAUGUCUUCGCCUACUGACGAGAAAGUAGAGACUAGAGCUGGACACCCUCCUGCGGUAAAAGCUGGUGGAAUGAGAAUUGUGCAGAAACACCCUCAUGGUGGAGAUGCUAAAGAAGAGAGGGAUAAAGAUGAUCAAGAAUGGGAAAGUACCAGCCCACCUAAACCAACUGUGUACAUCUCUGGUGUUAUUGCAAGGGGUGACAAAGACUUCCCCCCUGCGGCAGCUCAAGUGGCCCACCAGAAACCUCAUCCCUCCAUGGAAAAGCACCCUCCCAGGACAACGCAGCACAUCCAGCAGCCCCGCAAGUGAGGGCCUGCCCCAGUCCUGCCAGGCCGGCCCUCCCAGAAAAACAGGAUUUCUCUUAGAUUUUACAUUUAUAAAACAACAAGAAACGGUUCAAUUUUUUUCCUGUCUAGUUCUGUAGAGAAAUUUAAGACAAAGCAAAUCAGUAGCUUUCUUUGCCUUAUGUUUCUUUGUUUACUGUCUAAAAAUAGAUUAGAUAACCAUGUAUCUUGUUUACCUAAAUGCAAACUACACUUGAAUCUCAUUCCCCCCUAAUUUAGAAUCCUUACUCAGUUUAGGUUUAUUUGCAGUGAUGUUCUUAAAAGCUAGUUUAAGUAGUACUGAAAAAGUUGCCUUUGAUUUGUACCAUAAAGUGAAGUAUGAUAUUUAAAAAAAGUUGUAAUGGUUAAGAAAACAUGGGUAAUUUUAUAAUCUUAUUUUUACCGGACACUAGGGUCUUACCAUGUAGUCCAGAGGAAAAUAGGGAAGUCAAUUAAAAUUUCAUGCUGUUCGGAGACAACUGGGUGACUUGGUGCACUGAGAGCCAGGCCCAAAUCUGGCCUUGGACACUUCCUAGCUGUGUGACCCUGGGCAAGUCACUUAACCCCCAUUGCCUAACCCUUACCACUCUUAUGCUGGGAACCAAUAUAUAGAUUUAAUUCUAAGACAGAAGGUAAGGGUUUAAAAAAAUUCAUACUGUUCUUUCAAUGAAUAACCAAAACAGUUAUUUCCCUUAAGAGCCUUGUAUCUGGAACAUGAGAAACCAAGAAAGGUUGGUUUCUGAGACAUCUUUCUUGGAGUCCCAGGGCUCAGGAGUUUAUUGUAACCCAGAAAGUCCUGGCUUGAAAAAGAAAUUAUGCAUCUCUGUAAUUGUCUUACUGGCUUAGAAUGGGAGGGGGGGACCUCUUAGGACCAACAUCCAUGGCAUGGCAGGGAGAGACAUAUGGAGAACAGUUUAAAAUUUUAAUAAGAAAUUUAAAGAAGGGGGAAUAAUGGGCAAAACUGACCAAGUUCCCAAAGAGAUUCACUUUUCCUCCAAAGGGAGACAAAUCCCAUUGUCAAGGAAAGAAACAUUCUACUUUAGUUGGAGCAAUCUGUUUUCAGACCUCACAACUGGUCAGACUCCCCUUUGCCCCAAUGACAUAAUCACUUUUCCGAAUGUUUAAGUAUUUUAUGUCCCUUGGAGUUCUGUUGUAUGUGCUUCUUGCCAGUUGAUAUUUGUAAGACUGCUGCUGGAACAAUUACUAUACUAUUUCCCCAUUGGAAAAUAAACUUCUGUUCAUUUGCAUAUGGAACAAAGUCUUUCACACAGACCAGUUUCACAGAGAAUGUCUUGCUUUGUUAGCUAGGACAUUGGCCGCCUCAUUUAAAGCUGUUUCUUGCUGCAGGUCAGCAAUGGCACUCUGAGUGGCUGCCCACCUCCCGUACCAGCCACCUUUAGAUAAAACGAGGAAGUCCACAUCUCAUCAAUCGGAAGAAAUUCUCACAGCCCUCCCCAGAGUGAUGUCUCCUCCACAAAGAAUGCUCACAGUUCACUUGGUUUCAUGUUUUCUAGAAAACUCUGGCCUUCCUUAGCUCCAGAUUCCCAGCAGGCCAGUUUCCUAUGGCAGUGACACUGUAUGUAUCAUCUCUGUUGUUUGUUUCCUAAUGGCAGGAGUAUUCACGGGAACGUUUUCUGCCUCCAAAAUGCUGUCGAUGUUAUUACUUCACAGUCAGAACUCAUACCCAGAGGCUUGCAGGUUGAUAUUCCUUUGGAACAAAGACUUGGCAUCUCCUCAGAGCUCUGUUUGGAAAUAAGCAUUUCAUAUAGGAAGGAGAGAGCAUUAGGACACUUGGGAAAACAAUUGGUGGUAGAUUAGGUGUCACGCAAUCUACAUAUCACACCCUCUGCCAUCAGAAUAGUUUAGGAAGCUUCUCCCACCCACCACCUCCUUCCAACCUCCACCGGCAGAUAGCUGGAAGUGAUAAUAGCUUUUUAUGUUUCAAAAAAUUUCAUUUUACAUAUAUCUUAGAUGUAGUGUGGAUCCACAUGUUCCAAAUCACUGAAAAGAAAUGAUUCUAUCAAGUGUUUCCUUUUAUAGUUAAUCAUUUGUGUUUUUCAAUAAUAAAAAUUAUGCCUACCCUUC